AGAAGUGACUGUAUUAGGUUGGUGGAUUGGUCUUGGAUAUUGAGCCUUGUCGAGUGGAUUAAUAUUUUUAAGUUAUUCUUUUUAUGGAACGACAUGGUUAUUAUUGCAAUCCGGUGAACGUGAGAGAGGUUCUUAUUUAUUUUCCAUAUACUUUUUUUUUUUCACAGUUCGGUGCGCCGGCGUAUUUAACAGACAAAGUUGGUUACAUCAGUGUAAAACUUCAGUUCACAUUUUAGAUGCUUUUGCUAGUUUUCGAGAGGACUGCGGGGAUACCUGUUUAGAAUAACAACACAUUUUGUUUUAUAACCUGUGUUUUGAUCGUACAUAUGCAACGUUGCAGAGUUGCGCCGAGUCCAAGGAUCUAGAAAACACGACUUGAGUUUAAUUUUAAACUUGUCUUCUUAAAUGGAUCGCCAUUCCAGUUUCAUUUCCAUUUGGCUGCAACUGGAACUGUGUGCCAUGGCGGUGCUUCUGACAAAAGGGGAGAUAAGAUGCUACUGUGACGCAGCACAUUGCGUGGCAACAGGUUACAUGUGUAAGUCAGAGUUAAGUGCCUGCUUCACCAGGCUUCUGGACCCACAGAACACAAACUCCCCUCUCACGCAUGGCUGCUUGGACCCUUUUGCUAACACAGCAGACGUUUGCCGUGCCGGAAGGACAGAGAGCCGCGCUGGGGCAUCCGAGAAGCUCGAGUGUUGUCACGACGAUAUGUGCAAUUACAGAGGACUCCAUGAUGUUGUUUCGUAUCCCAGGGGGGAUGGCUCAGAUCAUGGAACAAGAUAUCAGCCCGACAGCAGCAGGAAUCUUCUCACCAGGGCUCAGGAUUUAACAUCCUCCAAAGAGCUGUGGUUCAGGGCUGCCGUGAUCGCUGUGCCUAUCGCAGGGGGACUCAUUCUAGUGCUUCUCAUCAUGCUGGCCUUGCGGAUGCUUCGCAGCGAAAACAAGAGACUGCAGGACCAGAGGCAGCAGAUGCUGUCCCGCUUGCACUACAGCUUUCAUGGACACCACUCGAAGAAGGGCCAGGUAGCCAAACUGGACUUGGAAUGCAUGGUUCCUGUAACCGGACACGAGAACUGCUGUAUGACUUGUGACAGAUUGCGACAGUCGGAACUCCACAAUGAUAAAGUGCUGUCUUUAGUUCACUGGGGAAUGUACAGUGGUCACGGGAAGUUGGAAUUUGUAUGACCCCCCCCCCCCCCCCCCCCCCCC